AUGUCGGGUACCGACCCCUUGGAGACGCUGCGGGUGGAAGCGAGCUGCUCGGUUUGCCUGGAAUACCUGCAAGAUCCCGUCAUCAUCGAAUGCGGUCACAAUUUCUGCCGCCGUUGCAUCACCCGUUGGUGGGCCGAGCUGGCGCGCGAUUUUCCCUGCCCCGUCUGUCGCAAAACCUCUCGCCGUCGCGCUCUUCGCCCAAACCGCCAACUCGGUAACAUGGUAGAAGCCGCCCGGCAACUUCGCGGCGCCAAACGGAAAGCCGGAGAGGAAAGUCGUUGCCAAACUCACGGCCAAGCCUUGGCGCGGUUCUGUCGCGACGAUCAAGCUCCCGUUUGCCUGCUCUGCGAGAUCUCCCACGCCCACCGCGCUCACGCCCUCGUCCCUCUCGACGUCGCGGCUCUUGAGUACAAGGGGAAGCUGCGGCGCUGCCGGGAGCCGCUGGAGCGGAAGCUGGAGGCGGUCGCCAGCUGCCGAGCACGGGAGGAGAAGAAACCGAGCGAGCUGAAGCGCGAGAUCUUGCAGCGGCUUCAGGCCAACCUGGCUCGGCUGGGGGAGCAGCGCCGGGUCCUGGCCGCCCUCGUGGCCGAGCUGGAGGAGAAGUGUCUGCAGCCGGGCGCCGAGAUGCUCAAGGACAUCAAGGACACCCUGGCCAGGUGCGAGGCGGCGGCGGCGCCGGUGGAAGAACCGGCUUCCGUCCCCAUCGAGCUGGAGAAAAACUUCUGCAGUUUUCCCCGGCAAUAUUUCACCCUCCGGAAAAUCACCCGGCGCCUCAUCGGCGAGGUGACGCUGGAUCCGGACACGGCGCAUCCCAACUUGGUUUUAUCGGAAGAUCGGAAAAGCGUUCGUUUCGUGGAAGUUCGACCCCGGGAUUUACCGGAUACCCCGCGCCGUUUCACCAUCUACCCCUGCGUUUUGGCGGCGCAAGGUUUUACCUCCGGUCGGCAUUACUGGGAGGUGGAAGUCGGCGAUAAAACCCACUGGGCUCUCGGCGUUUGUAAGGAUUCGGUGAGUCGGAAAGGGGAAUUAACGCCCUUACCGGAGACGGGAUAUUGGCGGGUCCGGCUCUGGAACGGCGAUAAGUACGCGGCCACCACCACCCCCUUCACCCCGCUGACGGUGCGGGUGAAACCCAAGCGGGUGGGGGUCUUCGUGGACUACGAAGCCGGCAAAGUCUCCUUCUACGCCGUCGGCAGCCGCCAACGCAUCUUCACCUUCCCCGUGGCCUCCUUCAGCGGAGAGAGGGUCUUCCCCUACUUCUGCGUGCUCCUCUCCACCAUCAAACUGUCCCCCAAAGGCUGA